AUGACUUUUUUAAGUCAUUCAGGUUUUCGAGUUGCCAUAUUACAACUGACUGUUACAGCCGACAAAUCAACAAAUGUGGCUAUCGCGGUGGAAAGAAUACGGAUGGCGAAGAUUAAUGGUUGCACAUUAGCUAUACUGCCCGAAUGUUUCAAUGCACCAUAUGACACUACCUUGUUCAGACAAUAUGCUGAAGUUAUUCCUGGUGGCAAAACAUGUAAUGCUCUGUCUCAGGCUGCCAAAUUAAAUCAAAUGUACGUUGUUGGUGGUUCAAUUCCUGAGAUAUGUGAUGAAAAAGUUUACAACACGUGUACGGUUUGGGAUCCUGAUGGAAAUUUGAUAGCCAAACAUAGAAAAGUGCAUUUAUUUGAUGUAAGCAUACCUGGUAGUACUUGCUUCAAAGAAUCUGAUGCCAUGUCGGCGGGCAAUACACUUAAUACAUUUCAGUUGGGAAAAUUUAAGAUUGGGCUAGGUAUUUGUUAUGAUAUACGAUUUUCAGAGAUGGCAGCAUUAUAUCGAAAACAAGGAUGUGAUAUGUUAAUAUACCCUGGUGCCUUUUGUACGGAGAUUGGACCUUUACAUUGGAGUUUGUUAACUAGAUUCAGAGCUAUGGAAAAUCAAGCAUUUGUAGCUGUCGCUUCUCCGGCCAGAGUUACUGAUUCCAGUUAUGUAGCAUGGGGUCAUUCAAUGAUUGUGGAUCCAUGGGGUAAAGUUUUAGGUGAAGCUACUGAAAAGGAUAUGGAUUUAUAUAGAGAUCUUGACUUUGGUGUACGAGAAAACAUAAGACGGCAAAUACCCACGGAAUACCAGAGAAGAACUGACAUGUAUGACACAAUUGAUAUGACAAAUAAAAUAAAUAAUUAA